CACACCUCUGACUCUUAGAGAAUUCUUAUGUUCUUUAAGGGUUAGCUCAAGGCCACCUCCUCCCUGAGACCUUCUCUGAUGCCCCUGGAUGUAUCCUGAGAGCCCUUCUCUGAAAUUACUUCAUAGGCUAAAGGACAGCACAGUGGACAGAACAUUGGACAUGGAGCCAGGAAGAUAUGGACUCAAAUGCUGCUUCUUACCCAGUUAUCAACUGUCUCUUUAAAAGGUGCAAUUCUUGGAGUGCUGAGCCCCAUGGGGGCUGUAGAGGACAAAUCCUGACCUUCCCUCUUCAUGCGUUCAUGCUAAGCUUCCUGUAAUCAGAGCUGGAUUAGCACGGCCAUCCAGCUGGCUGACAGAGAGCAGACAGGGCCCCUUUCACUGUUAUCCAACCUUACCAACUGACACGGUCCCACCAAGCAUGGAGAAAACCAUGCUACUGAAUGUGGAAGGCAUUAAGAAGACCAUUCUUCAUGGAGGGACUGGGGAGCUCCCUCACUUCAUCAAUGGAUCCAGAGUGACAUUUCAUUUCCGAACUAUGAAAUGUGAUGAGGAACGGACAGUCAUAGAUGACAGCAAGCAGGUCGGCCAGCCCAUGCACAUCAUCAUUGGAAAUAUGUUCAAACUGGAAGUCUGGGAAAUCCUGCUGACCUCAAUGAGGAUCGGAGAAGUGGCUGAAUUCUGGUGCGACACAAUCCACACUGGUGUCUACCCAAUCCUCUCAAGGAGUCUGAGGCAGAUCGCAGAAGGCAAGGACCCUACAGAGUGGCAUGUUCACACAUGUGGUCUGGCCAACAUGUUUGCCUACCACACACUGGGCUAUGAGGACUUGGAUGAGCUGCAGAAGGAGCCCCAGCCCCUGAUCUUCAUCACAGAACUCCUCAAGGUGGAAGCCCCAAGUGAUUAUAAGAGAGAAACCUGGAGCCUCACUAAUGAUGAGAAGAUGCGCGUCGUUCCUAUCCUCCAUGGCGAUGGCAACCGUCUGUUCAAGCUGGGGCGUUACGAGGAAGCUGCCGCCAAGUAUCAGGAAGCCAUCAUCUGCCUGAAGAACCUGCAGACCAAGGAGAAGGCUUGGGAGGUUCAGUGGCUGAAGUUGGAAAAAAUGAUCAACACCCUGGUUCUCAAUUACUGCCAGUGCCUCCUGAAGCAGGAGGAGUGCUACGAAGUGCUGCAGCACACCAACGACAUCAUCCAGCACCACCCAGGUAUUGCAAAGGCCUACUAUGUGAGGGCCAGGGCUCAUGCAGAGGUGUGGAAUGAAGCAGAGGCCAAAGCGGACCUGCAGAAGGUGCUGGAGCUGGACCCUGCCAUGCAGAAGGCAGUGAGGAAGGAGCUGAGGGUUCUAGAGAUCCGGAUGGAGGAGCAGCGGGAGGAGGAGAGGCGCCGAUGCCGGAACAUGCUGGGCUAAGCCUGGAGAAGGGCCCAGGGCAGGGAGCUGCCUGCUGGUCUCCAUACCCUGCUGAGGCUGUGCUCACAACACCAAGGCAGGAGGGACUGGGUGAUGGGCCUACUGACCUAUAGUUUGCUUGUUGUGUGUAGUGUUUGAAAGCACUGAAUUCUUUCCCAGAGGGUCCCAUGGUGGAGCAGCCCUGCUCUGACCCUCCUUCACCGGAGAAGGUACUCCAGUAGCAGGGCAGGACUUCUCUGGGCACUCUCUGGGCUGGACAGCUUUCAGUCACGU